UCCUUUUUUGUUGUUGUUGCCCUCUCCCUCCAUAUCCUCCAUCACCUGUCACCAUGACAACCUCAGCCCUUCGCCGGCAGGUGAAGAAUAUUGUGCACAACUAUUCGGAGGCGGAGAUCAAGGUUCGCGAGGCCACGUCCAACGACCCCUGGGGGCCGUCCUCGUCUCUCAUGUCAGAGAUCGCUGACCUGACCUUCAAUGUGGUUGCGUUUGCGGAGGUGAUGGGCAUGGUCUGGAAACGGCUCAAUGACAGCGGCAAGAACUGGAGGCACGUCUACAAGGCUCUGACUCUGCUGGAUUACCUGCUGAAGACUGGGUCGGAGAGAGUGGCCCAGCAGUGCCGUGAGAACGCGUUCACUAUUCAGACGCUGCGGGACUUCCAGUAUGUGGACCGUGACGGCAGGGACCAGGGGGCAAACGUGAGGGAAAAGGCCCGCCAACUGGUGUGUCUCAUCCGGGAUGAAGAACGCCUGCGGCAGGAGAGGAGUCAGGCCCUGAAGACAAAGGAGCGAAUGGCGGGGGGAGGCAGCGGGGGAGGCGGGGCCGUGUACGGAGGGAUCCCGCCGUCCUACCACCCGGGCAGACGGACCAGCCAGCCCAGCAUGGCCGUGCUGUACGGAGAGGAGUUCAGCCGCUCCAGAGGAUCUCCUUCCUCCUUCAACUCCUCGUCCUCGUCGCCCCGCGCCGCCUCAGACCUGGAACAGGCCCGGCCCCAGACCAGCGGCGAGGAGGAGCUGCAGCUUCAGCUGGCUUUAGCCAUGAGCCGGGAGGAGAGUCAGAAGGAGCAGCGCUGUCGCCAAGGAGACGACUCGCUGUUGCAGAAGGCCCUGGAUGACAGCCGGAGAGAGAACCAUCCAGGGACAUGCGAGUCUGCCAUGUUGGACCUGGUAGACAUUUUUGGAGGCCAGCCUGAACCUCCACCUCCUCCUGGUGACCCCUGGAACUCAGCCCCGCCCACCCGUAACAUCAGCUCAGAUCCCUGGGACUCUGUAGCGGUCCGCUCCAGCACUCCUGUGAUUGGCAGCCCCUGGACGGCGCCGCCCCCCUCCUCCGAUACGUCUAAUCCGUGGGCUCCAUGUGACGACGCUCGCGCAGACCCCUGGGAAGCAGCGCCUGCAGCUUCCAGUCCUGUGAAUGACGCCUGGGACAGUCCUGCAGACGGAGAUCUUGACGGGUCCGAUCCAUUCGCUGCACAUGAUGAAGAGAAGCCUCAGCAGGAGGUGCCCCGGGUGUCCUCCCCUCAGCCUGCCAGUCCCUCAGAUUCCGAUUCAUUUGGAGUCAGGCCAGACUCUGACCUGUUUCCUGCACUGGACUCCAAACCGGAUCCGUUUGGAGCCGAUCCACCCGCGAAACCUCAAGUCAACGGACGCGAGUCGUCCAGCCCGGAGAUGUUCGACCUGUCCCGGCUGGCACCUCCGCUCAGCGCCCCUCCGACACGAGUGUGUCGGACUCCAGAGGCUUUCCUGGGACCUACGGGUGCUUCACUGGUCAAUUUAGACACUCUGAUCCCACCAAACCCUCCCAGCAAGAUGCACAAUAACCCCUUCCUUUCAGGUCUGAGCGCCCCAUCUCCCACAAAUCCCUUCCACUGUGACCAGCCUCGUCUCACCCUCAACCAAAUGCGGCCAUCUUCCACCUCCCCGCUUCCUCCCCACAUGCUGUCCUACAGUCCAUCGCUGCCCCUCCCUCUGCUCCACCAAGCGCCCAUCCUCCCGUCCUCCUUCACGCAGCCUCCCGCCGGACUCCUGGACCUCCCCUCGAACCUCCCGCAGCCCCUGCUCCCCCUCUCUCCACGACCAGCACAACGUACCCAGUCCCAGACACAGACACACAGCCACAACCCCUUCCUCUGAGACUCCUGCAGCUUUCCAGCUCCGGUUUGCAGAAGGGGACAACAAAGCGGACUUCUUUCGGACUGAUCUAUGCUAACUAGAGCUGAGCCGAGCUUAGACGAGCCUGGACCCUGGUCUGAUGUCAUUGUGCACAUUUGAAGUCGAUAAAACUCGGACAGGAUGUAUUUGUGUCUGUCUGAAGACACACCAGCUGCUAUAUAACCUGAACUCUUGAAGAAAAGCUCACUCGUGCAAAGACAUACACACACACACACACAUGCACACACACUGAAACAUGCACUCAGGCGCACUUCAGCGUGCAUCGACACAGACAUGUACACAGCACCAAACCGACAGGGUGUAUCUCAAGAGUCCUUUCGAUGCCUUUUCCUCAUCACUGGUGACAAACCCUGAGAACCCUUCGACCACAGAGACACAACGGUUUCUUUAGAAGACUGCGAGGAAACCAAAUACUCUGACCGUCCGUUCAAACAUACCAGGAUCCUUACCGCUGCUGCUUCACCGACAAAAGCAUGAAUGCAUCCCUCCCCCAGGACUGCAAACUAUUCUAUCCUGCUGAGCACCUGAGACAAGUUCCUCGAAUAAAUCCUCUUUUCUCUGACCAGUCAAUCAGAUUCUGGAGCAUUUUGUUACUGGAGAAGGGGAUUUAUAAGUUUCAACAGAACGCAGAGAAUUGUUCAAGAACUAUAUGACUCCUUCCUACCUAUAUGAGAUGAUAUUUAUUUGGAAUUGCCUUGUUAUCUUUCAAACUCAAUAGCACCUGAUCCUCCGUGAGCUCAGUUAUUUGUCUUUCAGGGCAAGAAGCCUCAGCAGCAUCCAGGUAGAUUUAAAACCGAAGCAACUCGUCUAAACUAGACUUCACUGACUCACUCUGGACCUAAACUGAUCACUGAUUGUACCCGGCAGGACCUCUGUGUGCGUCUCCACAGCUGACCCACAAUGCAUUUCUCUGCCGGUCCUUGUCGGCAGCAUUUAGGAGGACCUCAGGGAGACCGCCCCGCCCCUCCUACGACCAUUUUCAACUUUAAUGAUAGGGAAGGCAUUUCAUUACAACUUCACUGACAGGGCAAUCAAUUAUUCUUCAUAUGGGAAGAUGAUUCUAAAAAGUAUAUGAAAAAAGUUCAAAGAUU